CCUUUUCUCUCAACCAUCAAACUCAUCAUCUUAUAUCUCCUGGUGUAUUGGCAGGUUGCUUUCGAGAAAGUUAUUAAGAGACAAACCUUUUCAGUUAUCUUGGACAUGCAACUUUACCCGUCCCUGGUUGCUUCGUGUUGUUGCGUCGUGGGGAUGUUCGCAAGUGGAGAAUGGAAGAGUUUGGAUAGGGAGAUAAGGGAAUACGAAGAUGGAAAAGUGUCUUAUGUGAUGGUUCUGUUUUGGACCGCCGUGACAUGGCAAAUAUCAUGUAUUGGUCUUUUUGGAUUGAUUUUUGAGGUGUCUUCGUUGUUCUCGAUUGUAAUAGAUACUAUGGAGUUGCCCAUCGUUCCCUUCCUUGCUGCUAUUUUCUUUCAUGACAAAAUCAACGCGAUGAAGGUUAUGGCUUUCGUAUUAGCUUUGUGGGGCUUUCUCUCUUAUGUUUAUCAACAAUAUCAGGACGACAAAAAAGCCAAGGCAGAUACAAAUACAAGUGAUGAUGAUGAUAAUUUUGUUGGGGGCUUGAGGUUACAAGGGGUUGAAGAAAUGAAGGAAUUACAGACCAACUGUUUGUGAAGUUAAUUAUAGCAAUCUCUUUUGCUAUUGAGCUGAGACACGGGCCUCGACAAUGGUGGAUGUUGUAAUGUUGUCGUUUUGUCUGUGUUGUUUUGUCUAAUGUUGUAAUGUUGUCCUUUUGUG